GUCAUACUUAAAUUUUUUUUUGUCAUAGUAGAGCUUCUAAUAUUAGGAAGAUAGACGGGUAAUCAAAUUUUUGAUCAUAUUCCUUUUGAUAUACAAAGCAAUAAGCAGAAACUAAUAAAAUUGAUUAAUAGUUUUCUACUUAAUAUAACACAUUUUCAUUAAUGUUUUUACCAUGUACACCAAAUGUCUUCUCAAGCAAAUGAAGAACCAACUCAAGCAGGAGCAAACACAACUCAAGCAGAAGCAAAUGCAACCCAAGAAGAAGAAACUCAAGUUGAACCAAUUGUUGGGAGAAAGAGGAAAAAAAAACAAGUGUAAUUUGAAAAAAUUUCGAUGAAAAGGAAAUUACUAAAGGUGUGUUUAGAGAUGUUUGUAAACACUACAAAGCACAAUAUACUACUGGGACGGUGGGAUCCAGCACGAGUCAAACAAAACGACAUCUUGUAAGUUGCACAGCCAAGAAAUUGCAAGAUGCUACUGAAAAGAGACAAGCUGCUAUUCCAUUUAAGCGUGUGAGUUCAGGUAACCCCUUUCUUACUUCUGGUGUUGGAUACUCUAAUGAAAGGAUGAUGGAAAUAAUUGCAACUACUGUAAUGGUUCAUGAAUAUCCUUUUAAUGUUGUUGAGGAUGAUGUUUGGAUGUGGGCAUUUGAAUAUUCAAAUCCUGAGUUUCGCAAGGUUACUCAUAAAACAACAAGAAGUGAUUGUUUGAAACUAUUCGAGAAUGAGAAAAAAAAUCUUAAAGAAACAGUUGGAAAGUGUGAGCAAGAUUAGUUUAACAACAAAUAUGUGGAAAUCUAGCCAUUAAGUGGUUGAAUAUAUGGUGACGUUUCAUUGAUGCGAGAUGGAAUCUUCAGAAAAAAGUUUUGAGUUUUGUGAAAGUGCCUGCACCAAGACGUGGUAUUGACGUGGCAAAACCAAUGAAAAAGAAGUUUGACAAAUACUGGGGGGAGUGUAAUUUGUUGAUGGCUAUAGCUAGUAUUUUGGAUCCUAGGUGCAAAUUUCACAGUGUUUGUAUAUGUUUUUCCAAGAUAUAUUAAUCGAAGGAAGUUUAUGAUGAGAAUAUAGAGAAGGUUAGGCGUUCCUUGGAAUUAUUAUAUGAUGAGUAUGUGGCCUUAUCUUUGGAAGAGUCUUAUUUGAUGCAUGUUGUUAAUUUGGAUUGUGAUAAUCCAUCUUCCUCUCAAACAAAUGUUAAAAAUGCCACUGGAAUUGAUGACUUGUUACAAACCAUUCGGGAGCAAGAAGCCAUUUCUCCCACGAAGUCAGAAUUGCAAGAUUAUCUUGAUCAAGGUGUUCAUGUUGUUCCUAACUCUGAAUCCUUUAGUGCUUUGGACUGGUGGAGGAACAACAGCAUGAAGUAUACGAUCUUGUCUAAGAUGGCUGCUAAUAUACUAGCUAUUCCAAUCUCAACUGUUGCAUCCGAGUCCACAUUCAGUGUUGGAGGUAGAGUUAUCGAUGAAUUUCGCUCUAGAUUAAAUGAAGAAUCUGUUGAAGCUCUCAUUUGUGGUGGUGAUUGGUUCCGUCAUAAGUAUGAUGUGAAGAACAAAUCAAAGGUUGAUAAAGAUGAGAUACAAAUCAACUUGAAGAUUUGAUAUCAUUUUGGUUUUUUGGGCUGGUUUGUGUACAUGAAGCUGAUGAGUGAUUUGUUGAGUUGUGUGAUAUGUUGAAUUAUGCUGACUUUUACUACACCUUGAAGAUUUGAUAUCAUUUUGGUUUUUUGGGCUGGUUUGUGUACAUGAAGUUGAUGAGUGAUUUGUUGAAUUAUGCUGACUUUUGCUACACCUUGAAGAUUUGAUAUCAUUUUGGUUUUUUGGGCUGGUUUGUGUACAUGAAGCUGAUGAGUGAUUUGUUGACUUGUGUGAUAUGUUGAAUUAUGCUGACUUUUGCUACACCUUGAAGAUUUGAUAUCAUUUUGGUUUUUUGGGUGGUCUAUGUACAUGGAGUUUGACUAUGAGUGAUAUGUUAACAUGCUGACUUUUGCUACACUUGAGUUUUGACUAAGACCAUGUGACUAUGAGUCUAUGACUAAUGAGUGUCACUUUAUCACUCAUUUCUUUUUUUGUUUUCUCAUAUCAAGCACUUUAUGAAAUCAUAUUAUUUUCUAUUUUUUGGUGAAUUGUACUCAAAUGGUUGAUAAACAUUGAUGAGUACUAACGAAAGAUUAUUAUUAUUAGCUCUAAAUUCAUUGUGAUUUGU